AUGAUCACUCACAUCCUUGUGCUCUUGGUUCUCACUUUCGCGGCAGCCGUUGUCGCGAUCCCGACCUGGGAAGGAUUCAAUUCCCGGGCAUCCAUUGGCUCCCUCGUCCCCGGCGCAGCUGCCAUCGAGGCAAUGGGUCUCCCAUACGGACAUCCCUAUUACCUGUCCACGUCUGCGCCUCGAGGACAUUCUGGCAAUGCGACGGUCACUCAUACGCCUGACCCACCCAUGUUCUUCGUCAAUCGCAAUCAGCUCUUCUUGUACACAAACGAUUCCUCCAUCUUGACCGUCAACGUGCUCAACACUACCGCCUCGGACGAAGACCCGAUGCCGUAUAAGAUCACUCUCGAUAAUAAACGUGCUGGCUUGUCAGACACAGUGUGGAGAUGGCAGGGGACGCUCUUACAGUUCGACCACGGCCAGCGGAACAACCAGGGAUUGUAUUAUUCUUGUCUGAAUAAGAGAGGGAUCUGGAACCUUUACCUGUUCCUGCAGCCGGCCCCCACACCCGACGAUUGUAAGAUCGUGACGCUGCAUAGCUUUGGCCAUCUGGGACUACACGAGCAGCAUGCUUCGUAG